GCGCGGUCGCUGUGACAGGUCCUCUCUCUUUGUUUUUACAUGGACAAGUCAGUGCACGCUUGCCUUGCUCGCGCGGCUUGUACGGUGUUCAUUUCCUUAUAUAGCAAAACGGAGUACCGGUGAGAGAAGCUGCAUUAUCAUGACCACGAGAAUUACCCAGGAAAUUUACGACGAAGAAAUCAGGGAAUUGAUGGAAGGUCUCGGCCUGUCCGAGGAGGAAGCCAUCCAGGAUGCUAUCAAGUGCUUCGAAAUGAAGGGGGUAGAUUUGAACAACAUCGUCACAGAUUCGGUUCUUGAGGACAAAUACAAGGAGAUAAUAACGUGUCUGGAGCGAUUAACGUGCGCUUUGAAUGACAAGAGUUAUGAAUGCGUGCCCGAGACGUUGCAAGAAUUGCGAACUGAAUUGGAUAAGGAUAUCGGAUACAAAGUUUUCGCAGCUAAACGCAAAUGCUAUAACAUUUUGAUCAAUCUUCUGAAAGAUUGUGAGAAGAAUCAUGCGAUAGUUAAAUCUACGCUGGAGACACUCACUUCAUUAAUGUCCGGCUAUCCGGAUUUAUUGGACGACGAAGGAAUCGCGUUGCAAACACAACUUUUAGAAAGGCAUUGCGAUACUGUAACAUUACAAUGCUUACUGCGCUGGAUACGAGAAUGCUGUAUAAAGCAUGAACUGAACAGGCAAAGGAUCUUUGAGACCAAUGUCUUCGAGAAACUUAAGAAGAUAUUAAUGCGCACGGACGUGGGUGCGCUUGAGGUAAAGGAUGCAUGUUCGGUAAUCAGAGCAUUAGUUCUGGACGAUGAUAUUCGACACGAGUAUGGAAAAGCACACGAACAUGCAACUGUCAUGGCAAAGGGUGCUCUCGAUGUCAUCACGGGAUUAUUAAAAAGAUUUAAGAAGGAAACUAAAGUCAUAGGCGAUUUAAUGAUCACAUUAGCUGCAUUGGUUGUUCGAAAUGAAUUUUGUCAAGAAGUUGAGGAUGCAGGAGGAUUAAAAUUCAUUUUGGAUAUAAUGACUGAAUAUCCAGAUUCUGAAAAAUUGAAUUGGCAAGCUCUGAAGCUGCUCAAGGCGCUUGCUGGCAAUGACAAUGUGAAAUCUCACAUUGUGACUUCCGGAUGUGCACCUUUAAUCGUAUCUGUUAUCAGUAGAAUGAAAAGAUCGGAGAAUGUCGUGGCUGCAGGAUUAAGUUGUAUAUCAGCGUUAUCUUUACGAAGCACUUCGAAUUCUGGUGUCUUCUACGAUUGCGGUGCGGCCCAAGUAAUUGUAGAUGCUAUGAAGGCUUAUCCUAAUAAUAUAAAUAUUUUAAAACAAGCCUCUUGGGCGAUUAGAAAUAUGUCGGUACGAAAUAAAUCUGAAUCCAAGGAGUUUUUAAUGUAUGGUGUCGAGGAAGUGCUACGAGAUGCAAUACAUUUACAUGGUCUCAAAUUGGAGGAUAAUGCAAAAGCCGCAUUGAGAGAUCUAGGUCUAAAAGUAGAUCUCAAAGAAAGAUGGACAGGAAAAGGCAUUAGCUUGAACAAUGAGCACUAUUAAUCAUCUUUGACAGCAAUACCACGGUCAAAAAUCAUAGAAUCUAAUUAUUACUAUUAUUUACCACAAGGACUUUGAUCUAAUUUGGAUCUUGUAUUUUGUUUUAUCUCACCUCGCAAUACUAUACAUUAUUUGAUAAGAGUUUUACUUAAUAUAAAUAAUAAGAUUUAUAGAUAAUAAUAUUUUUAUGCUCAACGUAAUAAAAAGCAUUUUAGAUUUUAUAAAAUUGACAAACAUUAUUUUGAUUCUAAAGGAGAUUCCAUAAAAUUUUAGCAAUAUAGUUGUGAUUGAAAUUAUAUUUUUAAUUUAGAAAAUA